AUGGGUCAUGGCACGAACAGAGUAGAAGAUAUGACGUCUCCCAACACCGCAACCGCUAGAGAAACGAUCGUGGAGAUACACAGCGUUUGUCUACCGCCCAAGAAAACAACAUUUCAGAAACUCAAGAAGCGCUUUGCUGAUGUUUUCUUUCCUGAUGAUCCGUUAGAGAGGUUUAGGAACCAAACAUGGAGAAACAAAGUGAUUCUUGGUCUUCAAAGCUUGUUUCCGAUAUUCACAUGGGGUUCUCAGUAUGAUCUCAAGCUUUUUAGGUCUGAUGUUAUCUCUGGUCUCACCAUUGCCAGUCUGGCCAUCCCUCAGGGAAUCAGCUAUGCCAAGCUAGCAAACUUACCACCUAUAGUUGGUCUUUAUUCAAGUUUUGUGCCACCACUUAUCUACUCAGUUCUUGGGAGUUCAAAACAUCUUGCAGUUGGUCCUGUCUCAAUUGCAUCACUUGUAAUGGGCUCCAUGUUAAGUGAGAGUGUUUCUCCAACACAAGACCCAGUUCUAUAUCUCAAAUUGGCAUUCACUUCAACUUUCUUUGCUGGUCUCUUCCAAGCCUCCCUCGGCCUUCUUAGGCUGGGAUUUUUGAUUGACUUUUUGUCAAAGCCAACUUUGGUUGGUUUCACUGCUGGUGCUGCUGUGAUUGUGUCACUUCAACAGCUUAAGGGCCUUCUUGGAAUUGUUCAUUUCACUGGCAAAAUGCAAUUUAUUCCUGUCAUGUCCUCUGUUUUCAACCAUAGAUCCGAAUGGUCAUGGGAAACUAUUGUGAUGGGGGUUGGCUUCUUGAUCAUUCUCCUAACCACAAGACACAUUAGCAUGAGGAAGCCAAAACUUUUCUGGAUAUCAGCUGCAUCACCUUUGGCAUCAGUUGUUAUCUCAACUCUUCUUGUUUUCCUCAUCAGGAACAAGACUCAUGCCAUCUCUUUUAUUGGACAUCUACCAAAGGGUUUGAAUCCACCUUCAUCAAACAUGUUGUACUUCAGUGGUACUCAUCUUGCUCUUGCCAUCAAGACCGGUAUCAUCACAGGGGUUCUCUCUCUUACAGAAGGGAUUGCUGUUGGGAGAACCUUUGCAUCUCUAAAGAACUAUCAAGUUAAUGGGAACAAAGAAAUGAUGGCUAUAGGUUUCAUGAACAUGGUUGGCUCUUGCACCUCUUGCUAUGUUACAACAGGUUCUUUCUCUAGAUCUGCUGUAAACUACAAUGCUGGAGCAAAAACAGCUGCUUCCAACAUUGUGUUGGCCUCGACAGUUCUUGUGACCCUCUUGUUUCUGAUGCCACUCUUCUACUACACUCCUAACUUGAUCCUAGCCGCCAUCAUCUUAACCGCAGUGAUAGGCCUCAUUGAUUAUCAAGCGGCUUACAAGCUCUACAAAGUUGACAAAUUCGAUUUCUUCACUUGCAUGUGUGCCUUCUUUGGUGUUCUCUUAGUCUCUGUGCCUCUUGGCCUAGCAAUAGCAGUGGUUGUUUCGGUUAUCAAGAUCUUGUUGCAUGUAACCAGGCCAAACACUUUAGAGUUUGGAAAUAUCCAAGGGACUCAGAUAUACCAGAGUCUUAAAAGAUACAGAGAAGCCUCAAGAAUCCAUGGUUUCUUGAUUCUUGCUGUUGAAUCUCCAAUAUACUUUGUCAAUAGCACUUACCUGCAAGAAAGGAUCUUGAGAUGGACAAGGGAAGAGGAAAGUCGGAUAAAGGAAAACAAUGGUAGUACCUUAAAAUGCAUAGUUCUUGACAUGACAGCUGUAUCUUCCAUAGACACAAGCGGGAUUGAGGCAUUGUUUGAACUUAGGAGGAGGCUAGAGAAGCAAUCACUUCAGCUUGUGCUGGUGAACCCUGUGGGAAGUGUGAUGGAAAAGCUACACAAGUCCAAGAUCAUUGAGUCAUUGGGGCUGAGUGGACUUUAUCUAACAGUUGGUGAAGCUGUUGCUGAUCUCUCAUCUACAUGGAAAGCUCAUGGCCAGCCAUGAAUUUGAGAGACUUUGAACUUCUACUAGAGAACUUGUAAAGGAUGGUUGUUUCUGAAGACUAAAGCAGCCUCUUGAGAAACAAUUUUUGGUGCUUGCCCUUAACUCCUUGAGGGUGUUUUGGUUUUAAUUGUAUAAUAAUAAAUGUAAUUUCAUUCUUUAACAUAUAGUUUAUGAAAUCAUAAUUUUAGACA